AUGACCUCCAGCACCGACAAGCCUCAUUCCAACGCCAUCAUUGCCGGAGCGGUGGCCUUCUAUUUUAUCAUCUCCAUAUCAACUGUAUUUGCAAACAAAUAUAUUUUGAAUUCAAAUGAAUAUGAAUUUCCUGCCAUGACGAUGACUCUGGUGCAAUUGGUGUUUGCUGUUGUGUUACAAGCGGCAUCUCAUCCUUUGUUUCCGAAUUUUAUUCCCAAACCAGAGUUUUCAUCGGAGAAAGCAAAGCAGAUUGCUCCACUAUCGUUAUUGUUCAUUGGUAUGCUUGUAUUCAACAAUCUAUGUUUGCAAGUCGCCGAUGUUUUACUUUAUCAAAUUGCUAGAUCCUUGAGUAUUUGUUUUACCGCCUUGUUUGUUUAUGUUUUGCACAAACAAACAACAAGCUUGAAUGUAUUAUAUUGUUGUGGAGUUGUAUUAGCAGGAUACAUUAUCGGAGUGAUUGGAAAAGCAAAUUUGGAGAAGGUUGAUUUUACUUGGUUGGGCGUUUUCUAUGGACUUCUCUCGAGCGCGUUUGUUGCUUUGUAUGGAAUUUUCGUGAAAUCCAAAAUGCAAUUGGUGAGCAAUCAGUGGGUGCUCAUGCUUUAUAACAAUAUCCUAAGCUCCAUCUUGUUGACUGUGAUUUGUUUGGUUACAGGUGAUUUUGGUGAAGCAUUGGCAAGUCCACACAUUAAGGAGCCACGUUUCAUAUUUGUGUUGAUUGUGAGCAGUAUUUUGGGCUAUUUGAUUAACGUUGCAACAUUCCUUCAAAUUAAUGUCACUUCUUCAUUGACUCACACAAUUUCUGGAACCUGUAAGGCUUGCGUUCAAAGUUUACUCGGAGCUGUUGUAUUUGGAGACAAGUUGGAUGCAGUGAGUGUGUUGGGAACCUUCAUUUCAAUCUUUGGUAGUAUGGCUUACACAAUUGUUAAGGGUAGAGAAACUUCUGUUCCAAAAAGCAGCGAACAAGUUGCCACAUCCUCUUCAAGCAAUGAUAAUUCUCCUGAAAACAAAGUUUAA